UUUCACGUUUAUUUCCGGGGGUAGGGAGAAAAGCAGAGAUGAAAACGUGUGUUUUGUACUGCGCCUUCAGAUGUAAUAGGAAGUUCCAGAAACAGCGGGCAGCAUAUGCAAAAUAACAGUUUAUUUUCUUAUUGACAACUCUCGUGAAGUGAAAUAAUGUCCGUCAUAGCAGAGGAAAAUGUCCGUGGCGGUAGUGUUUUCAAAGAGAUCAGUGCUGAUGACGAAGACAAUCAACCCACCGAAAUCGAGAGUCUGUGCAUGAAUUGUUACCAAAAUGGAAUGACACGUAUUCUUCUUACGAAGAUUCCUUUCUUCAAAGAAAUUAUCAUCAGUUCUUUCACCUGCCCCAACUGCAGUUGGUCGAACACUGAAAUCCAGUCAGCUGGUCGCAUACAGGAUCAAGGCAUCACCUACACACUCAAUGUCAAGUCAAAACAGGAUAUGAAUCGAGAAGUUGUCAAAGCGGACAGUGCAACUACCAGAAUUCCUGAACUGGAUUUUGAAAUCCCCCCAUACACACAGAAGGGCUCGCUCUCUACCAUCGAAGGCCUCUUAGACCGUGCAGUUGCAGGGUUGGAGCAAGACCAGCCACUAAGAAAUGCAACUGCACCAGAAGUUGCUGUGAAAAUCAAUGAGUUCAUUGAUAAAUUGAAGAAGUUGAAAGAAGGUGAAAGUGGAUUCACACUGGUCAUUGAUGAUCCAUCUGGGAACAGUUUUGUGGAGAACCCCUUUGCGCCGCAGAAGGAUGAGGCUCUCUCGGUCAGCCACUACAAGAGAACUCCCCAACAGGACGCCCAGUUAGGAAUAAAGGCUGAAGACGAAGAGGAAAAGCCCAGUAAUGACAUUGACAGUAUGAGAAAUGAGGUGUUGACAUUUAAUACGAACUGUCCAGAGUGCAAUGCCCCAGCCUCGACAAACAUGAAGCUUGUCCAAAUCCCCCAUUUCAAAGAAGUCAUUAUCAUGGCAACAAACUGUGAUGACUGUGGACAUCGAACCAACGAAGUGAAAUCUGGUGGCGCCACAGAAGAGCUGGGCACGAAGAUAACCCUUCACCUCACUGACUUGUCUGACAUGUCCAGAGAUCUUCUCAAGUCGGAGACAUGUAGCAUCCUCAUACCUGAGCUGGAAUUUGAGUUGGGGAUGGCAGCUGUCGGCGGCAAAUUCACCACCUUGGAGGGACUCCUCAAAGACAUCAAAGAUCUGAUUGUUUCCAAAAAUCCAUUCACUUGUGGAGACAGCUCCACUUCAGAUCGAACAGAGAAACUGAAGCUUUUUGGCCAGAAGAUUGACAAGAUCAUGGCGGGAGACAUGGACGUUCACAUUGUUCUCGAUGACCCUGCAGGGAACAGCUAUCUCCAGAAUGUCUAUGCCCCUGACCCAGACCCAGAGAUGACAACUGAGAAGUACACCAGGACCUUUGAGCAGAACGAAGACCUUGGUCUGAAUGACAUGAAGACAGAGGGCUAUCAGGAGUAAGGACAUCUGCAGCAGAUGGGAUGAUCUUACAAAAACAACGCUUUCUAUGGAAAUUAAUUUGAGACAUUUGCCCUCACUGAAGUUCACAAGGAUAUGUGGUCCAGAUGUCUUGCAGUUUUGAUAUUUGAACACAAAAUGGUUGAAAAGUGAGCACUUAUUUAAAAGGAAGCAAUCAAUGUUUAUCAUUUGAUUAGAAAAGUGUCAUUUUUUUUCUGAGAUGCACAAACAUAAUUAACCAAUUUAAAUAUUUUGUGUAUUUGCAUAUGGUUGUUUGUGGUUCUGAUUCAGUUGAAUUGGCCUUUUUAAUGUAUCUUCAUGUGACAGGUUCAAUGGGAAUAAAUAAACUAGGAAUAGGCUGCUGUAUAAAAAUAAUUUGGGCUGCUUUGUUCCAUGUACAGUAUUAUGCGUUGUAUGAAUAUAUUACAUCUAUAACACAUGCAUAAAUGCCCACAGAUCUUCAAAGAACCAUUUAUAGAUUAAUUUCGAUGCGCUGUGUCCUUUGUUCAUGCGCUGCCUGAUGGAAAGUACCCGGAUUGUGAAAACAGAACAGACUGGUGAUGACGUUUGUGCGCGUGCCCUGUAUCAGUACAGAACAUUUAUUGAAAUAAACAAUUUCAGUCAAAUAGACAUUUGACUGACCUCAUGACA